CGCACCGGAAGUUCCUGCUCAGCAAAGCGGCCCUUCUACGGUAAGAAAUCUAUGCUCGGCGAACCGUCAACUGCUUCCCCCCCCUUUUUUUGUGCCGCUCUACAGGACUGUUAAUAUCCGCCGCAAAUAUCCACCUCAGACGCAGAGAUAGGUCGCGAACCGUUUAAAUCCGGGACGUUUCUUUCCGGCUAAGGAGCGCGGGCGACACCUCGGGACUCCUUCGCCCCAUGCUGCGCAGUUGCUCGCUCUCUCCCCUCCCCCCGCCCCACUUUGCCCUCACCGGCCGCUUCAUUUACUUUCGUCUUCUCCGUGACGCAGCGCAGGACCGUUUUCCUAUUGGCUCUGGCUUUUGUCAGUAAGGGCAGACUAGGCGGGGUUAAGGUGACGUGACCAAUCAAAGCUGGGGACUGCCUCCCACCCGGCAAGUUGCGGCGCGUUCUAGUAGAAAUUGCAGCGAAGCUCGUUUUCUGAAGGGAGAGGAGAGCUGGGCCAUUCGCGAGCUGCGUGUUUCUCCCUCGACUCUCAGACGGUGACGCGCCGCAGAGGCUGCCACGGAGCAGUGGUCUCUCCAGGCAUGCGGGGUGCUGUCGCGGGGCUUUAUUUGUAUCUCCUUCACCAGACUUUUCGCUUAAGGGCUUGCGGGUGAGUAGUACCAUCCCUCUUAAGCCCAUGUAGUCGUAAAGGAGGCGGCGGCGGCAGUGCCAGGUCUGCCUUGGCUUGGCUUUCUUGGAGAGGCAGAAUAUUUUGCCCUUCCAACCUGAGGCUGCCAACUUCUGAAGGGCUCUACUCCUGCGCAUGAAGGGAGGGGAGGACAAGGUUUUGUGUGACUGCGCAGGAACACGAGCUGGGUCCAAGAAGUGCAGCACUCCGUGUCCGGUUAAGGAAAGUGGCCAAUUCUCUUGCUGGUCUUUGGUCCUGCGCCUGUUAAAGGCAGCAGGACAUGCGGAAGUUUCGCAGGGGGGCUAUUUUCUUAAGAUGGAAAGGCAGGCUUUGGGAAAGACAGGAUUUGGCCUCCGCAAUAAUUUGAGCGCGCUCCCUGCCAUUAACGUGCGCUAAGGAAAUGGCACUGGCCAAGCAAGUCACGGGGAUAAAAAGUCGUCGUUGUUUAGUCGUGUCCGACUCUUCGUGACCCCAUGGACCAGAGCACGCCAGGCACUCCUGUCUUCCACUGCCUCCCGCAGUUUGGUCAAAAGAAGUUGUAGGGAAAUGUUUUCACUGGUUUUAAGGUCUGCGUGCAGGGCAGGUUAGCUAUUUACAGUACAGUAUUCCCAACACUUGGUUUUAUUUGUGGUUUUUUAUAUUUCAAAUUGUCUUUUUAAAUUGUCCAGUAGCACCUUAUAGACCAACUAAGUUUGUUCUGGUAUAAGCUUUCGUGUGCAUGUACACUUCUUCAGAUACACUGAAGCAGAAGUCACCAGACCCUUAUACAGUCAUACCUCAGGUUACAGCCUUUUCAGGUUGCGGACCACCAAAACCCGAUAGUACUGGAAUGGGUUACUUCCGGGUUUUGGUGUUCGCAGAAGCGCCGAAUUGCAACCCGUGCAUGCGCAGAUGCAGGUUGCGAACAUGCAUCCCACACAGAUCACGUUUGCAACCCGGGCAUCCACUGCAUAUAGUGGGACGGUGGGGUGGGGUAUUUCUCAGUAGGGUAGUAGGGGAUGGGUGAUUGGCUCAAUGGGUAUGGUAAACAUGUUGACGACUGCAAUUAGUCCUACAGGAAAAAGCAAGGGAUAGUAUGCAGAUGACCAAAAAUAGCUUUAGCGUGUGUAAUGAGACAAGAAUCCAAUAUCUCUAUUCAGACUAGGUCUCUCCGUAGUUUUCAGUUUGGUAAUAAGUUGUAAUUCAGCAACUUAUCUUUCAAGUCUAUUUCUGAAAUUCUUUUGUAAUACGACGGCUGCUUUGAGAUCUUGUAUUGGAUGUCCUGGGAGAUUGAAGUGGUGUCCUACUGGUUUCUCUGUCUUGUGAUUCCUGAUGUCAGUUUUUUGUUCAUUUAUCCUUUGGCAUUGGGUUUGGCCUGUUUGUCCAAUAUAGAGAGUUGAAGGGUACUGCUUCUAACAUUUUGUAUGCCAUAAAAUGCUAGCAGUAACACACUUGUGAAGAAACAGGUGUUUUCCUCCCCUCAUAGCAUCCCAGUUGCUAAUAAUUCAGUGGAUGCAAGGGAAUGAGGAUGUGUCCCAAACUGCUCAAUAGCAAUGCUUGUGUGAGCAUUUACUUGUCUUAUGUCGUAGGAAAGGGCCUUAAAUUUAAAACUUUAUGCCCUGAAUUGUGUUUAACUCCUAUCAGAACACGAGACUCUUAAUCUCAGGGUCGUGGUUUCAAGCCCCAUGUUGGGUUAAAAGAUUCCUGCAUUGCAGGGGGUUGGACUAGAUUACCCUUGGGAUCCCUUCCAACUCCAGAAUUCUGGGAAACUAAUUGAGUUAAAAAUGAGAAAGAAGCAGAAAUAUGGACUUGUAAUAUGGACUUACAUCAAUGUAAAAGACUGCUCUUCCCUUUUCCAGGAGUGCUGUUUCCACCCCAGAGAUUGUGGUGAGUAAUAGUGCAGAAAGUUGAGCAAAGUACUCCAGGGACUCGACGUACACUGAAUUUGUUUUUGUAGGGAGGAGAAGCCAGAGUAGGUAGACUAUUUUGAAAACAUAUGUAAAGAUGUCACAGUAGUCAUUCUUGAGUAAUCCCUACAGCAGUACAGUUAUACUGUAUUUGCAGAAAGUGUAUUUAUUUGUCAGCAUGUAUCCCCACUGUGCAGGCAGUCUAUGGGGAUUGGAAUAUGAACAGCCCUAAACUGUUCAUAGUUAACAUACACAAAAAUGCAUUUACCUUUCUGAUUACUGUUGUGUUAAAAAAAAAAUCAAAAACCAAGAUUAGGAUCUGAAAGCUGCUAUAGGCAUGGCCAGCGGAUCUUUGUUGUUCAGAUUAUUUUUUUAAAUAGUCAAAAGUUUGCUCUGUGUCCUGGCUAUUCCAUAUUGGACACAUGAAGCUAAGUCACAUGUUUCUCAGGAUAAUUUCCAAAAUAGAAUGUAAGUUCUAUAUAAUCAGGCUAACCUGUCAUUUGCCAAGGGAAGCAGCAACAAUAGGAGCAAAAUAUGUACAAGCAUGUAGAAUAUGUGGUAGAGGUAACAACAAAUCAAGACCACCAAAACCUGUACUACUGAAGUUUGUGCUGGCAAAUAAACAUGUUCCCUAAUCUUUUCUGUUGCAGAACGUUACCUGUUUCUGAGUGUUCCCAAUACAACAGAGAGUACAUUUUAAAGUAUCUAAAUCAGAGCUUUCCAAACAGUGUGUCACGACACGUUAGUGUGUCGGCUGCAGUGUAUAGGUGUGUCGCAUGAACACUCCCUGCGCUCCUCCUGGGGUCAAAGGGUUAGUUUAAGCUCUGGUUUGCUAGUAAAACUGAAUUUCUGUGACGAGAAAUGAUGCAUGUCCCAAAAGUGUGUCACCAACUUGAAAAGUUUGGAAAGCUCUGAUCUAAAUCCACGCCCUUAUAUUGUAGCAUUUUGUAGUUUAGUAUGUGAUAUCCCAUCAGACUAGCUUAACCUGCUGUACUAGAACAUGACACCUCACUUCAUAUUUAGUCUCUGAAAUAUUAUCUGUCGCACUUGUAUGCAUGUCAGUAAUUUUAUUUAUUACAUUUAUAUCCUACUUUUCCCCAAAGAAGCUCAAGGAAGUACACAGGGUGCUCUCCCAUUUUAUCCUCUCAACAACACUAUUGUGACAAAGAAAAAAUGACUUGCCUGUGACCACCCAGAGAGCUUUAGGGUUAAGCAUGGAUUUGAACUCAGUAUCUUUGCAGUCAAAAGUCCAAUGUUAUAUAAUAGACUGCAUGAGCACUCUCAUUGAGUUGCAGCCUUCCUGUACACAGUGGCACAUUUAAGGGAUCAAAUCUUGGCUUGAUAAGCCAAGAUACAAAUAACCUUCUGGUAACAGCUUUGUUUCUUCACAGGACAAGUAACCUACAGUUAACCAUAGCUUCCAGUUAUGUCCAGAUUUGAAACUGGUUAGCAGCUUCUAAACAAGUCAGGAUAUGGAAGCCGAUGUCAAAAAAUGGCAUGCAAUCAAGCAAAAAAAUAAUAGUUUCCCGGUUCAAGUGUAAUGAGAAGCUAUGAUUAAGUGAAGUUUCCUGAAGUGGGGGGAGCAGUGUGGCUACAUGCAAGUGCCUGAAGCUCAUGCAUAUCUCAGCUUCUCAAGCUGAUAUUUGGUUAUCUGAAUAUGCCCAAUAUAUUCCUAAAAUGUAUUCUGCUGUUAAAUUUGUAUACAGUACUUUGUGCAAACCUUUCAGCUGGAUUUUGGGCUUGCUUGGUUGCAGUUUUGCCACUUUCAACCUCAAUUUCCAGGACUGAUAUACAAGAAAGGAAAAUAUAACUGGUGACACAAACUCUACCCCACUUGCUCCAUGGCACAUCAUUAUGUUCAGAGUUACCAUCACCUUGAGGAAUUGGGUCUUGAAUGUCUUCUAGUGUAGUUGCUUUUAGUUUUUUAGGUCUCCUUCAAAAUUGAGAAUGAUAAUAUUUCUUUCUCUUUUAGGCCAUAAAUGUUUGAUGUGAAAUAAAACCUUGGAGCAGCAGCAUGGGAAAAAGACGAACAAAGGGGAAAAACAUGCCACCAGAUGACUCACCGGAUAUAGCAGGUAUGCUUUGUAAUUGUAAUACUGUCAAUCAGUUUCAUAGCUCCGAGGAAGAAAGAGUUUAUACUCUUAUUUCCUUGGCAGAAGUGUAAUAUCUCAAAGGUGUUUGUCCUAGUGCAAAUCAAAUCAUGUAGAGUAUUUAAAUUCACAUUUAAGGGGCAAUCUAAAGAUUUAAUUUACAGUAGGCCUUGGACUUGCCAAAGGUUUGACUCCAGGGAAAGGUUUGCCCUUCUCAGUGAAAUUUAUGGGUUAACAUUUACGUUUGCCUGACUCCUGUUGACUUCAUUGCCUAGUUUUAUCUGAAUUGGGACAAAACAUCUGACAAUUAGCUUGGAACCCUGAUGCUCUAUGAUCAUAGUCAUGAUGAGAAGAUUAAACAGCAGUGUAGCUUUAUCCUCAGUAUAAAAUGGCAUGAUUACUUUUCUACUCCUGCCUGAACCUCCCUGUGUAAAAACAGGUUUGCUGUGCUUGUGACCCCAUUAUUUCCGAUUCUUAAAUAAAUAAUAUCCAUUUGUUCAGCUAUUAAAUCUCUUUUGAUGGAUAUAUGACAAAAAUAGGACAUUGGAAUGAGGCUUGGGAAAGGACAGAGCAUUAAGACCAUGUCAGAAAGAAGGCAGUGAUACUGGGUUAUAUAAGAUCAUGCAGUUAAAGGAAGACACCUGAUUCUUUUAAAGAAAAAAUGUUUUAAGAACAAAUAAAGCAGGUCUUGCUCAAAGAGCUAUAGAGCUUUCAUUUUGUACAAAGUUCACAAGCUCUGCUUAGUAGAGCAGCACCAGCAACUAUUACUUCUUCUCACAGUUCUUUGGCUAUAUGUCUUAGGUUUUUGUUCAUUAAUCACACCAGUGUCUCACUGUGCACCCAGGAAGCUACUGUGGCAGAUGUAGAAUUGUAUCAUUUUUGUUCUCACAACAACUCUGUGAGGUAGGUUAGGUUGCAGGACAAUAAUUUGCCCAAAGCCACCUGGAGAGUUGCACUGUACAGCAGAGAUUGGAGUAUUUCUACCCCUACACCACAUUCAUUCUAAAUAAUGUCCCUUUUAAAUUUGCCUUGCCUUGUUGAAACUUCCCAAUAGAACCUGUAUGCAAGCACCUUCGCAAAGGAUUGGAACAAGGUGGCCUGAAAAAGGUGUUGCAGAAUGUGGACUGGAGCUCCUGCCAGGAUUGCCGAACAUCAGACAGUGAGACCUGUGAGAAAUCUGAAGAGAAAGCAGAAGACGGACCUUCAAUAUGGUUAUGCCUGAAAUGUGGCCACACGGUAUUUCUUUCCCUAUAAUAUGCAUACCAAGGGUGGGAAAUGUAUAACUGCUUUGUUUCAUUAGCACUGAACAGUACUCCUUAUAGUGGAACUAUUCCUUAUUGCAACUAUUUGAAGGUUUCACUUUAAAAAGUUUAAUUCAAUAACUGUUGAUUUGCAACCUUUAUUGUAUUUGCAACUGUUGCUAUUCCAGGGCUGUGGCAGAAAUUCUCAAGAAAAACAUGCCAUAAAGCAUUAUGAAACACCAAGAUCAGAACCUCAUUGUUUGGUUCUCAGUUUGGACAACUGGAGUGUGUGGUGAGUUUGUCAAUAUUCCAGUUAGAAGAAUACAUUCCCCCCCCCAAAAAAAAAGUUAUUGGAAUAAUUAUGUAACCUUUUGUGCAGUGUACCUGACUUAUUUUAUUUACCAUUUCUAUCAUGCUUUGGCUGCAUACUUAGUUUUCUCUCUUCCUCCUGUAUGAGGGGUUCCUCUUACACCAUCUUCCUAUAGAAACCAUUAUGGAGCUCUUAUUCUGAAUAUGUGCCAGCACACAUGGCGUGCAACAUAUAACAAAAAAGGGAAUCGCUAACUAAAUUCUUGUGUUGUCAUACUAAUUAAGUGCCUUGUAAUUCAUCCCAGACUACAAACAUUCUUUCAUAUUUUCAGUGGCAGUAACAUGGCUUAUCAUAAAUGCUUUCUAUUUUCUUGAGAGGCUCACCGCUAUAGUGAUUCUGCACCCCUUCCCCAUCUUGUCAUAGCGCUUAUGUUGUAAAUUGUUUAUAAAUAUCUCUGGCACACACACGAAAGCUUAUACAUCAGAAAUUAAGGAUUAAAUAAUACAUAACUAGUAGCAAUAAUAAAGUACUAAGAUUGUGUUAAUCUUGUAUUGAUUUAUUAGGAAAUAAGAACUCUGCGGCUCUGUGGGACUUCUAAGUGAACUUACUAGAAUUUGCUUCUAAUAUAGAUUUAAUUCCUUGAUUUAUACAAUAUACCAAGUUUAGUCUUAAAAUUGCUGUAUUUGUCUACUGUGCAAAAUUUUUGGUCAUAGACAACAGCUGCUGAGAACUUAGUAGCUGGACAUUUUGUAGUAAAGAACUGCAAAAUUCUAGCUGAUUAUAUAUAUUUAUAUAUAUAUAUAUUUUAAAGGCUCUGAUAACCGCUUUCAUAUCAUAUGUGAAUACAACUUUAUUUGAAAUGUAUCUACAUCAUGAUAUGCACUUUAUUUUGAAGCCAGCUGCACUGGGCUUCUGGGUGUUUUUUUAUUAAUCUGUUUUUCUCCUUUUUGUGGACGCAGGUGCUAUUUGUGUGACAACGACGUGCCAUACAAUAGUAAUGGUCAAUUGGGCCAGCUUGUGGAUUAUGUUAGAAAACAAGCACAUGUGAACAUGCAGAAUACAGGUAAGUUCUGACAUCAUUGGGACGUGGCUACUGAUUUAGAAAUUGAUGGGUUUUUUGUUCACUGUCACCUUCCAGACUAGAAUGUACUAGAAACGCUAGGAGGUCUAGCUUUUCUCUGAGUAGUAUUAGUAAUUGCUGCAUCCUAACAUCUCUCGGUUUGUUGUAUUUUGAGAGACAAAAUGAAUUGUUUUUAUUUCAGCAUCAAAAGAAGAAGAAAACAAGCCACUGGAAAACAAAAAAAUAAAGGACCACCUAAAUGAGGAAGAGAGGGAGAAAAAAGAGAUAUUGAUGAAGGACAACAAACUUCAUUUAAAUGGCAAUGCAGAAGUGACAGUGAAGGGUCUCAGUAACCUGGGGAAUACCUGUUUCUUUAAUGCAGUUCUGCAGGUAUGGUGGAGAUUCCUAGCAAUUCCUAGAUUCCUGAUCUCCCCCCAUCCCCAUUUGUGCUGAAGUAGCAACAGGAGCUUCAUUGCUUACCAGUUCUGUUUCUUGACAAAUAUCAAGUUGCAAGCUCUUAUCUUUUAAAUCCCUGUAUAGCCAGUAUGAUGAAAUGUAUUAUCCUGAAUGCAUUUGUCUGAUUGCUGGGGAACAAAACCUCUUAGGGUAGGCUUUGUCCUGAAUUACUUUAACGUGAGGUGGAGAAGUGGGAAAAUUUUUGUGGGAAAAUGAUUGUCAUUUUUCUUGCUGACAAUCUUGUUCGCUGCCUUUAUUUGAAUAAAUUGUGGUCUCAAAAGGAUUUUGAACAUAAGGAAAUGUUUCUAGGUAUGACAGUGAGUUCCCAAACGUGUUAAUCAUUGACUCUAAAAAAAAAUUCCCUGCAGAACUUAUCACAAACACCAGUUCUGAGAGAGCUGCUAAAGGAGGUUAAAAUGCCGGACUUGGCAGUUACACUUGAACCACCAGAAUUCUCAAUAACGGUAUGUUUUAUGGUGUAUUAAAAUUUUUAAGAGGUGGAUUUAAGCAAGCUUUACCAAAAAGCCUGUGUCUGAAUUUUGGGGAUGGCCAGGUCAGUUGACGCAGUGGCCUGCUUCAGAUGCAAUGGCUUAGUGCUAUAUGAAUAAGCCCCAGGCUCAUUUACUACCUCAUCCUGCUCCUGUGUUAUAAUGUCGAUAUCAGAAGCUUUCAUUUCAGUUUCUAGCUAACCACAGUUGAGCAUCAUGUCCAAGCCUGAACAGAUGUGUUUAGCCUUAAUUAGCUUCAGAAAGCAAACCAGCUUCCACCACUGAAGACUCUCCUUUUCAGGCAGGUGUUAUGAAAUUCACAUGGUUAUUCUUCAGGCCAGGCACCCAUGAUAGCUCCUUUUCAACCCCUUGACCCAUGUCCCAGGCAUUUUCUUUCCUCAUGGUUCCCUGACCCUCAUGACUAGCUGUGUGAAGGAGAGGGGCAGAAAUUCCAGUGCCGCGCUGCAUACAGGCUACAAAAUUUACAAAAAGACACAUUUUGUUGAGGGCAAUCCAGAUGUUUUUCUAUAUUGCUUCAAAUGAAUGAAUGGCAAAUUACUUUUUAAAAUGUAUGUAAUACAAAUGCUCUUUUUGUGUGAUGUUCAGGAACCCAUGGUAGUUACACUUGGUCAGCCAAGACCUCUUACACUAGCCAUGUGUCAGUUUCUGACAGAAAUGCAAGAGACUAAAAAAGGAACUGUGACCCCCAAAGAACUCUUCUCUCAGAUCUGUAAAAAGUGAGUAUCUGCCUGAGUUGUAAUGUUAAUAUUGAAAAGCUUACAUAAAACAGUGAAUUGCAUAUAUUGGUUGGUCUAUAGAGCAAUUUGAUUGGGUUAAGGCAUUUUAGGUUGUAUUUCUUCCUGUACAUCAUGAGAUGUUAGCAUUGUCUUAUAAAUACUUGAAGCUGAAAACAGGCUUCGUGUCCACAUGUCUCAGUUUCAGUCCUGAUUAGUUUAUGCCACAGUGACCAAGAAAAGGCCUACAGAUUAUGGUUUGCUGGGAAUGAAACAAAUCACAACCCCUGGUUUGGACAUAACCCCAAGCCAGGGAUCAUGGCUUGUUCCCUCACCCAUGAUUGGGAGGAGCAAAGCAACCAAGAUUACCACAUUCAUGGUAAACCAUUACCAAGGCCAGGGGUAUCGAUUUCUAGUUAGACAUGCAAAGGAUUGUGCUGUACAUUAUUGUGCAGUACAUUAUUUAAGAACAUGUUUGAUCUUUAUGAUGACUGCCAAAAUUAUGUAAGGAACAAUAAAAUGAAACAAGGAAGUUUCUUUUUUAUAACUUCCUAGAAUAAUGUAAAAAACAAAAGGAGAGCUGUUAAGUGAUGUGAGCCUUUGUUUUUCCCUACCAAGUUAUUUUCCCACUUUUAAAAUGUUUCUAUGUCCUUACUGUAAUAUUUUGAAUUUAAAUCUUUAUCCUUUAUGUUGUUAUAUUUAACAGAGCUAUACGAUUUAAAGGUUAUCAACAGCAAGACAGCCAGGAAUUGCUUCGCUAUUUAUUAGAUGGGAUGCGAACAGAAGAAAUCCAGGUAAGUAUCUAGUACAGAAUGUCUGCAGCCUGGAACUCCCUGUCCUCUUAGUGCACAAAGAGCAUUGAGGAGAAUGGUUGGGCAAAACAAAGGUCAAGUGGGUGGUUCAGCCCCACCGCGCCAUCCACUGCUGCUUGCUGGGAAAGGUGUCUGUGCUUAGUUCUGAGUAAAUAUGCAUGAAAUUGGGCUGUCACAGAAUCAGAAAUGUAAAAAUAUGUGUAUAUUAAUUAUAAUGGAGAGUAUUUAUUUCAUGACACCUUUCAGUAUUGGCAAAUGUGCCCAUAGGCCCCAAACGCUUGGAAACCCCUGCUUUAUAAUACAGGAAUAUGUAGAGUAGCUAUCUGUUUUGACUGUUAAGGUGGUGAUUAAACUUGAUGUUUAGUAGAAUAAACAGCAACAGAAAUGUUUAGCUUUGUUACAAUUUACAAUUAUAUUUAUUUCUAGCGUAUUUCUGCUGGAAUUUUUAAGGCACUGAAUAAUUCUACUGAUAAAGAAAAUGAAGAACUAAAAAAGAAAAUCAAAGGUAAUAACUUCUAUCAGUUCCUCACCUUGGGCAUUGUUUCUUUAUUAAUUUUGGUAUCCAAAGAGUUGCAUAUGAAACAUAUGCACAUUCUGCCCUAUCACAACCACAAAAAAGGCUGCUGAGGAUUCUCCAGAAAAGGAUGUGAUAAGUGCCAGGGGAAAUUAUUGGGAAAAUUAAUUUUCUUCCUGCCUUAUGUGCAUGCAGAGGUGCUUUCCACUCACACCAGAUCCUUGUUGAUAAAUAAAUAACUGAAAGUUGCAUCAAAAUUGCUUGGCAGUCGAAAGCACUUUCAAAAGCAGGUUGUGAUAUGGGGAAGUGGGGCUGUUUCAUGUGUUUAAUAAUUCCAGUGGACGUGAGCAAAUGCUUUGGAUCUUUUUCGAUUCCAACCCAUCUUUUCAAUGGAGAAAGAAAAACAAUAAUUAAUAUAUAGGAAUGUUCACUGUGCCAUUGGGAACUAUUAUUCAACUCCAUUUCACUUCUCCUUUCCUAAGGGGCUAUAAUGUCUUCAUGAUGCUCAUUGGUUGGGAGUGGGGGUAUCAUCUUGUUCAACUCAGUGUAGCUCUUCAUACAAUAACAUCUUCAGAUCAAGAUAAAGUUUUAAUGUUUUCUCUUAAUAUUUCAGAGUAUGAAAAGGGAAAGGUGACACUGAGCUUUGUGGACCGUAUUUUUGGUGGAGAAUUAACAAGCACAAUAAUGUGUGAGGAGUGCCAAACUGUAAGUGGCUUUCCUUUUUGAUACAACCUAAAUAGCUUAUAAAUUUGGUGGCAAGCAGAAUGACACAAAGGCUCUCUUUGCUGUUGCUGACUUGAGAUUUCUAUAAUGACCUACAUCCCAGACACUACCUUUGAUGGGGGAAUGAAGUGUGCAUGAGUAUAUCCUAUAGUUCUAUAAGUGUUCUUGCAGAACUGGAAAUCUUAUAAGCUGGAGGAGCUGCUGUAUAAGAUUUCCAGUCACCUAUUGGCUUUUACUUGUAAUUCCAAAAAAUGUUGGUAUUUACAUUCAGGCAAAAGAAUAGAGCAAUAAUAGCAGCCCAGUCUGCUUUUGUAUCUUGCUUUCCUACUUUCAAGAAUGGGACUUCUUAUCCUUCUUUGGCACCUACUCUUAGCUUUGAGCACUCUCUCUCACUCCUCGAAGCUGGGGAUUAUUUUUCAAUAAACUUAUUUUCACAUAACUGAAGAUAUAAUGGUUGUUCUUAAACUCAGGCGAUUUUUCUAAUACUAUGAUAAAAUGUGUAUUUCAGAUUUCAUUAGUGCACGAGUCAUUCCUUGAUUUGUCACUCCCUGUCUUAAAUGAGGUAAGAUCAGAUUGCUUUUGUUUUUAGGCUGUUGUGCUCAUGGAAUGACUUCGUUUGUGCAUCAAAACUUCCCUUCCCUCUGUUUCCCCCACAUGCUUCCCACAACUCCCCCAGCCCUCCAGAGCAGAUGGUGGGGGGUUCAGCGAGAGGAGUGGGAGGAGAACUUCAAUUGUGCAAACAGAAGUCAUUCUACAGUUGGUAUCCUUGUGCUCACAGAAGAGCUUUUGAUCUAGUAGACGUCUUUGUUAAAAGAAGAGGAAGGGAAGCAAUUUUUGCCAAUUCCACCUCCAGCCCCAAGAAUCCCCUGAAAAUCAUUUCCAAAAAGCAGGAGACCCUCCAGAACAGCAUGGAAGAUAGCAUAGGAUUGCAGAAGAGAGAAUAAUAUGAAAUUGAUUUCUAUCUUCUGUCAGUAGCAGAGGCAUCCACUGGAUGAAAGUUCUGCAUAUAUGAGGAGAGGGGUUGCUGAUUCCCCUUACCCAUCAGCAUAGGUGCCGUGUACUUCAAGGGAUAUGCUUCGAGAAAGUCUUCCAUUUUUUUAGGGGGGGUGGGACAGUGAAGUGUGCAGUAAGAGAAUUUCCAAAAUCAGGCAUGCAGCUGUACAAAUUUAUAUGUGUACUACCAUUUAUUACAUUUUAUGGGUGCUUGCUCUCAAGCCCAUCACUUAUAUGGGGUUCCUAAAAAGCUAAUGGAGUAAAUCAUUCCUCCCUGCUAAAGCAGCAGGGACGAGGAUCCUUUACCCCUCAAGAAAUUGUCCAACUCCCAUAAGCCCAGCUGGUGGUCAGAAAUGUAGUCCAGCAACAUCGGCAGCAGUGCUUGGCAUGCUGGUUUCUCCUGCCUUCAUCAGUGAGAUAGUAUGUAAAGCAAAGCCCUACCCAUUGUUCUUAAAUUUGUUGUGAACGGUAGAAAUAUCCAGCUGAAUAUUCCCUUUUCCCCCAUCCUGUUUUCCUUUGUUCAUUUGAUGUGCCAGUCUCAACCCAAAUAUUGGGGUUGACGUCCCACCAUGUCUCUGAACUGUUUAUCGCUUUCUUUUUAAGGGUGGCAAGAAAAAACCCAGUAAUAAUAAUAAUGUUAGAAAGAUGCAGGAAAAAGAGAUUGAAGAUGAAGAAGACAACACAGGGAAUGAUUGUUAUUUCAAGGAGAGAGAGGAGACUCCUGGUACAAGUAAGCAUCUCCUGAAAAAGGCAAAGAAAAUGGCCAAAAAGCAAUCAAAGGUUAGUAGAGUAGCAAAGCAGAAAGCAGUUCUGUACAGUUACCUCUUAAAUACGGAUGGUUGAAGAGUUGCUACUAGUACUGCACUGAGCAUUGUAGGGUUUUGGUAGGGGAGUUAAGAAAGCCCUCCCCCCCCCCCAUUCUCCUACUCUUGUGCAGUUGCUUACUCCUGUUUUACACAGGCUGUGUUUUUCUCCCAUCUCCUACUGUUUGCGCAUCUGUUUAACUUGUAAAGACUUCGUCACUGCAGAAUCACAUGACAGUCGCGGAUCACCUAACAAACAUAUUACGCUGCAAUGUAGCCAUAUAACUGAUAGUGAACACAGGCCUCUUACUGCUCUUAUUCUGAAUAGAAUAGAAGGUAUGCAUCCCUGUUGCCCAGGCAUUAAGGCCAGUGCUCUAUCUUGCCAGAUUGCACUGGCUGUUUCAUUGCUCAUCUGGACUCAUUUUCACCUCAGUCCAGUUUUUAAAGUUGAGCAUAUGUGACUAAAUGCAUAUAUUUGUACUGCAUUACUUUCCGAUAGGCAUCCCCAUCCACAUUCUGUCUCUGCUAACCAAGUGUUGAGAGAGCAUUGGCAUUAUUCUAGGCAACAUGGCAAAUUGUCAAGGAGAUUGCUAAUUUGUAAAAUGGUGGAAUAUGUGCUCUUAAAACAGCAGGGAGGACCACCCUUGUUCAGCUUCCUUUAGCCUUGGCCAGAAUGGCCAGUGAUGAAGGAUGAUUGGGGGGGGGGGGGUAGCCAAGCUAGUAGAGCCACAGGUUCCCAUCCCUGUCUUAGGUGCUUCCUUCCCACAAAUUGUUGUAAAUCCCUUAUUUUUACCUGUUGUUUUAAGUUCCUUUGGCUGAACUACCGAACUAUUUCAUCUACACCAGAUUAUGGUUUGGCCUUAAGUUUGAAGACAGCCUUACUGCUUACAGCUCAUAAGAGCAUCUAUAUGUAAAUUAACUUGGAAGCUCAGUUUAUACCAAACUUAAAUGCCAUAUCGUUUUAUAUAUCUCUAUGCAGCACAAAUUAGGAUAAUUGUCCUUUUGGUACCCUUAAUUUCUUGUAUUUCCUUUGACAGAGCCAACGCCGCCAGCAAAAAAUGCAAGAAAAGGUAAUCCCACUAACAGAUAUCUGUGCCACUGAAAAAAUGGAAGGUGAUCAUGAUUGCAGCAGUGAAACUGUAGGAAAUGAUUCUGAGGGUACCAGCCUAAAACAAGACGAGGAGUCAUGUAACCCAUGGGAUGAGCAGUGCAUGGAUCAGAAAGAGAGUAUGAAUGAGCAAGAGGGAACAACUGAAGUACAGAAUGAAAAUACAGGAAGUUCUGACCAAGAGGCAAACAAUGAAGCCACAAUGGCUGUUACCACAGAAGGCUUGGUUUCUGCUGUACAGUGUAUUAAUAAACGUGACAAUCUGCCUGCCAAACACGAUAGUCUUGAUGAAGAUGAGGAUAUUACCAAUGGCUUUAACAAGUUAUCCUUGGAUGAAGAGCCUAGCGACGAUUCAGAAAGCUUGAAUGAUCUUCACGAUUCUGAGACAAAAAUGUAUGAAGUAGUAAAUGAGGAUCCAGAAACAGCAUUUUGUACCCUUGCAAACAGAGAAGCUAUGAACACAGAAGAAGGUUCAGUGCUUCAUUGCUUGUAUCAGUUCACUCAUAAUGAGAAACUUUGUGAGAACAAUAAACUGCUGUGUGAUAUAUGCACACAGAGGCAAGUUUGUGGACCAAAGACCUCUGGAAAAAGUAUGCUCUUAAAUAUUUUCUUACCAUGUCAGCCUAGCAUAUAUGACUUCACAGGGAGCAGGGAGGGAAGUUGGAAGUGCGUGUAUAGCUGUUAUAAAGGCAUAGACAACUGCAUGUAGUAGUGUCCUAAGUAAUCCUAGAGAAUUGGAGAUAGUCGUUUAGAGUGAGUAUACAAUUUGGCUGAAGUUGUAUUUUUGAAAACUAAUCACAUAGUGACAAAACUGAAUGGGAGUAGCAGCUUUGAUAUUUGUUUAUUCAAAAACAGUUGUUUUCCAGAUGUUUUGGACCACAGUUCCCAAGCUUCCAGCUUGGACUGAUGGGAGCUGUAGUCAAAAACAUCUUCAAGGUACAAAGUUGGUAAAGGCUGGUAUACAUUAAUUUGUUUGUAUUAUGAGUGUUACACAUUUAUAAAGGUCAUUGUGAAAAGCUCUAUUAAACAUGAGCUCAGAAUCGGAGUAGCAUAAAUUGAGCUCUUUUCAGUCAAAGCAGUCAAAGUUUUAGCAUGCCUGAAGUCUCAAAUUAUGUGAAAUGUUAUAUUGCAUUAGAACAAUUCCAUGACGGCAUUCUUUAAAAUCUAAUAAAUCAUUUUUUUUCUUUUGUUCUGCAGACGUCAAGAAACAUGUAUACACUAAUGCCAAAAAACAAAUGCUUAUUUCUCUCGCUCCUCCAAUUCUAACGCUUCAUUUAAAAAGAUUUCAACAGGUAUAAAUGUUUCUGUAAAAUAAGUUUUAAGUCCUUGCCUUCAUCACUGUAAGCAGCAUUGCUAACAGGAAAAUGCUCGAGAGAGAAACUGGGAAAAUUCUUAUUGCCAUAUUACAAGUAUAUUUGAGCUAUAAAAGAAAUAAUUUAAAUUUAUAAGAAUUCUUGUCUUGAAGAUCAGAAGCUUUGUUCUUAAAUCACUAGAUUGUGUCAUUUUUAUGCAUUUUAUUUGCCACUGUCUCUGCUAUCCUUCUAGACUGGAUAUAAUCUCCAAAAAGUGAACAAGCACAUAAAAUUUCCUGAAGUAAUGGACUUGGCUCCUUUCUGCUCAGUUAAGUGCAAGGUAAGCAAAGAGAAAGUCUAUUUAAAUUUCCACCAUUUUUCUCAUGCAGAAGAACAGCUUUAAAAAGUCAGCCACACAAGUUUAACUUGUGCACAAAAAAUCUUGUGUGUAUCCAGUAAAGAGAUGCUUACUAUGUGUAUGUAUUCAAAACCUGAUAGCAGCCUGUGCUUUUCAUAUAUCUGAUCCUACCUUUCUACAGAACUUUCUCCCUCCUUCCAAUCCCAAAUAUCCAUUUGUUUCUUGAAGCAUCCCAGUGGAAACAGCCAUCAUUGUCUCAAACUCAGUACAUCAAAGACCCAACCUCUUUCCUCUGAAACCCACCCCUCAUAAUUUCUGGCUUCUGCCUUCCCUUGAGUGCCCCAGUGUGGCUUUAAAGUAAGCAGCCUAAUGUGAUGAGGGUGACUGGUUUGGAAUAACCAUAUUUCUCUUCUGGCCAUCAUGCUGUCCUGGGAAAUGCUGUCUCUUUUUUCUAGAUCUGACUCAUUUAAUUGUGAGCUCUAUGAAAACAAGUUAUUCUAGUUCCCCCAUAUACUAGAUAGCCCAUAGACACUGCUUUUGGGGUAAGAUGAUCCCCUGGUAUUCCCUCAGUCCUGGACCACUAGGCUUCUAUCAGCACCUAAAAUAAACACUUUGCCCUGUUCAAAUACAUGCUACUGAACAUUCUUGGGGCUCACCCACACCACUUUCUGUUUUUGAUAGCCAGGUUGCUCACUGGGGAAAGAUGGGUCUGAGCACAAAACAUGUCAUGGCCUAACUGUACUGGCUACCAGUUCGUUUCUGGGCCUAAUUCAAAUUGCUGGUUUUGACCUAUGAAGUCUUAAGGAGCUCAGGGCUGUACUACAUCAGACUGCCUCUCCCCACAUGAACCAACCUGAGCCCUACGCUCUCACCUGAGGUUCUUUUCUCUGUGGGUGAUAACACAUGAAUGGGCUUUUGCAGUGGUGCCCCCUUUGCCCAAGGAGGUAUGCUUAGCAUCAUCACACUUUUUUUAGAUGCCAGGCAAAAAUAUGGGUUAUUCACCUAGGCCUUUGAUUAUAAUUUUAGUGGGGUGGGAUCUAUUUAGAUAUGAUUUGUGUAUUUGGGGCUGUUUUAUCCUCUAAUUUUUAGUCUCAUUCUUAGCCAAAUUGUUUUAUUAUUCACCUUUUUCUAUGUUUUUGUUUGAAAUGCUCCUUUUAUUAAUAGAUAAAUGCUGUCCCUUAUAGUGUUUCCUGUUUAUUAGCUGAGCUUGGUUAUAAUGAAAAGAUAAUUGUAUACUAGUGCGUAAGAACGACCAAACGUUACGAUUUUUGUGAUGCAUUAUAAAAUCAACCUUCUUGAAGUAUUUUGGAUACCUUGUUUUCACAGAAUGUUGUAGAGGGCAGUUCAAGAGUAUUGUACUCUUUGUAUGGUAUUGUUGAACAUAGUGGCACUAUGAGAUCUGGUCACUAUACUGCCUAUGUGAAGACGAGAGCUACUAACAACCAACUUUCUGAUCUUGUCCUCCAUGGCAAGAUUGGACAAAGUAAGUUGCACCAGUGUUUUUACCCUAGAUGACCAAUGUAAAAUUGUCAAAUUACUUUCUUGCCAAAUUACUGGAAUUUAAUGACACACACCUUUUUUUUUCUGUUCAGCUUCAGAGACUGAAUCAUCCAAAGGACAAUGGUUUCAUAUUAGUGAUACACAUGUGCAAGCAGUGCCUCUAGCCAAAGUGCUGAAUUCACAAGCAUAUCUUCUAUUCUAUGAAAGACUACUGUAAAUGAGCCAUUUUCUUUUACAGCUGAUUUGAAACCAAGGAAAGUUGCACCCAAAAAAAAAAAAAGCUAUCAUGUUCAAUUAACUUAAUAUUCCAUGUUCAAUUAACCUGAUACUCAAUCUACACUGGUUUUGUCUUACCCACAUCUGAACAGAACUUACAUGCUUUUAAAUAAAAAAUAAAUGUUUUAUCUAACAUG